GGCGUCACAAACAGGCCGCGGGAGCCACUCGCCCCUCUUCCUUCCUGUCCUCGAGGGGCACGUGACGGGCGCGCGGGCGGGGCGCGGUGACGGCGGGCGCGCGUCACGUGAGGCGGCGGUGACGGAGGCAGCGGUGACAGCCGCAGCGGCCCCGCCGCCCUCUGCUCCCCGCUGCCCCUGCCGCCACCAUGUCGGGCAAGGACCGCAUCGAGAUCUUUCCGUCACGGAUGGCUCAGACCAUCAUGAAGGCUCGUUUAAAAGGAGCCCAGACAGGUCGCAACCUCUUGAAGAAAAAGUCUGAUGCUUUGACACUUCGAUUCAGGCAGAUCCUUAAGAAAAUUAUUGAGACUAAGAUGCUGAUGGGUGAGGUGAUGAGAGAAGCUGCCUUUUCACUUGCUGAAGCAAAGUUUACAGCAGGAGAUUUCAGUACCACUGUGAUCCAAAACGUCAACAAAGCUCAAGUCAAGGUCAGAGCUAAAAAAGACAACGUAGCAGGUGUAACCUUGCCAGUUUUUGAGCAUUACCAGGAAGGAGGGGACAGCUAUGAGCUGACUGGCUUGGCCAGAGGUGGGGAACAGCUGGCUAAGCUGAAAAGGAACUAUGCCAAAGCUGUGGAGCUGCUUGUGGAACUGGCCUCCUUACAGACAUCCUUUGUUACAUUGGAUGAAGCCAUUAAAAUCACAAACAGGCGUGUGAAUGCAAUUGAACAUGUGAUUAUUCCCAGGAUCGAGCGCACUCUUUCUUAUAUCAUCACAGAACUGGAUGAACGAGAACGAGAAGAAUUUUACAGGUUGAAGAAGAUCCAGGAAAAGAAGAAAGUAUUAAAAGAAAAGUCUGAGAAAGAACGGGACCUGCGGAGAGCUGCUGGCGGGGAGCAGGAACCAGCCAAUCUCUUAGCAGAAGAGAAGGAUGAAGACCUUCUCUUUGAGUAACCCAACACAGCUGUUAUAUGAUGAAGCAGGGGACCCAGAAUACAGAAUGUCAGGUUGCAAUAUAAUUCAGGACAUGUUGCCUCAGAGAUACUUACAUGGCUUCUCGGUGUACAAGUCUUGAGUCGAACAGACUGUGGAUUUCUCCUUGGAGAUUAGAAAUCUGGGAAACUGACUGCAGCACAGGAGGAAAAGCAGAGAUGAGGGAGGUGCUUCAUUAUCAGGAAAGCCUUCUGUUGUGUGUUUCUUCACUCAGUUGGAAUGACUAUCUUUGCAGGAUGAUUCUGGUUCUGCCUGAUCAAAUUCCUCUUUAAUUGCUACCCUUCCUAGUGCAAGCAGAAGGAAACAUUAUUUAGGGAGGGAGAUGCAUGUAAUGUUCUUUACUGUUGAACUGCUGCUGUUCAGGUUGCUUACAGCAGGUAUUGACACAGCUGAAGUCAAGUGUCACCAGAGGCAGCUCUAGUUUUCUAACCUGUAGAUGAAAUCCACAGUCUUCUGUGAUUUGUUUUUGUUGCACGAUUGUUACCACUGGCCUAAAGCAUCUAUGGUUUUAGGGGUUCUGCCAACUUGUGUACUGUCUGUGCUAGAAACAAUUAAACAUUUCAAAUGCUCAGAGAUCUGGUGUCUGGCUGAAGCUGCUAGUAGAUGGCAGUCUCAAAAGCUUAUCACAUUGAUUUCAAAAUAAAACCUUUACUUCAUCCAUUA